CUAAAACGAACGUUAAGAGAUGCGAAACCCAUAGUUGGAAAAACAACUUUUUCAAGUCAUUCAUAAGCAGCAUAUAUGUAGAUAUCCUUUAAAAAACAUAAAGAAUGUACAACUCUGGCGAAACAGUAAAUACAAAGGAAGAAUGAAGCAAAAGUUUGAGUAUCCUUCGGAUAUGCCUUAUGAUAUAAAAUGGAUUUUUCCAAGACAAGCCAAUCCAAAUGCGUUAUUUCGCAUUGCCAGCAGGCUUACAAUAGGAAUGGUUGGCAUUAUAUCAAGAAUAGUGAUAGGUAACGGAAAAGUGCUGUUGAAUAAGACGAGAAUUCACAAUAAGCAUCGAUUAGAAGAUCUAGUUGAAAAUCGUCCAGAAAAUUCACCGCUUUUAACAAUAAGUAACCAUUAUUCCUGUUUUGAUGACCCAGGAAUAUUUGGUUGUCUUAAAUUGAGAAAUGUUGGAAGUAGUAAAAGAAUCCGUUGGUCAAUGGCUGCUCAUGAUAUAUGCUUUACAAAUGUAUGGCAUUCGUCGUUCUUUAUGUUUGGAAAAUGCAUACCAGUAAUUCGUGGUGGAGGUGUUUAUCAGCCAGCUGUAGACUUGUGCAUUCAAAAAUUAAAAUUGGGAGAAUGGGUUCAUAUAUUCCCCGAAGGCAAGGUCAACAUGGAAAAAGAAUACUUGAGAUUAAAAUGGGGUGUAGGAAGAGUAUUGUUUGAAACAUAUCCAAUAAUACCAACUAUUAUACCUAUAUGGCAUGAAGGAAUGGAUAAAUUACUUCCAAAUUAUCCUCCUUAUUAUUUCCGACUAAACAACAAAUUAACUUUCAACUUUGGAAAGCCAAUUGAUAUUAAAGACGUAAUGAAGCAUAUUUUUGAUAAUAAUUUAGACGAAAUUACCGCUAGACGUAUGAUAACAGACAAGCUUCAGAAAGAGAUGAAUACUCUUAGAAUUGAAACAGAAAAACUACAUAAAGAAUUAUAGUUCAAUUACAAUCGUUUAAUAGAUUAAUUCUUCUAGUCAUAUUAAAACGAUCAAUUUUACAGCUUGUUUUAAUAUCUAAGAUUGUUCCUUGGUAAUUCCUUAACUACUUGUAGUUAAAUGCUAAAAUGCAUUUCUAAAAAUUAGAUAAUUCUUUUUAAAAAAA